AUGAAUACAUAUUUUCUAAUUUUACUUCUGUCACUCAACAUUAUUUGUUUCUCCUAAUCCAAAGACCAAUAAGUUGAAAAAUAAAGGAAAAAAAUCUUAGUUAUUGGACAAUUUAUUGUAAGUCAUCCAAGAACAUGGUAUCAUAUAUCAAAGGAAUUAGCAAAGGUUGAAAACUAUGAAAUUUACCAAAUUUUGCCGGCGGAUUCCUCUUAUGUUUUAAAAGUUAAGGCUAAUGGAGUAAUACCUAUACUUUGCAAGAACUAUUCACAAUAAUAUUUUGACGAGUUUAAUGAAAAAAUGAAAGCAAGCACACUAGGUGAUUCUGAAAUCAUUGAUUACAUGCAGUAUUUGACAAGGGCAUUUUACUCUGAAAAAGAACUCAUAUAAGAGAUAAAGUCAUUGAAAUUUGACUUAGUAAUAUGUGGGCUAUUUUUUGAGACUUAACUAAUGGUGAAUACACUUCAAAUUCCACUUUAUAUCAGAAUAUUUAGUGGAAAUCUAGACAGUUCUAUGCAGUUUAUGAUGAAUUAGCAUACCACGCAUUCAUCACAACUCCAUUAAAUAAGAACUGUUAUUUUUGGAAUGGAAAAUCACACGGAUCUUCACUCCUUUACUACAAAUUUUUUCACUAGAUUGAGAAAUAGACUUGCUGAACAUAUCUUUUGCGGACUCGGCUCUUAUCUGAUUCAUUAAAAACUAUAUAAUGAGAUACCAGAGCAUCUUAGAUAAGAUGCUAUGACCUUCAGAGCGCCUGAUAUGAUUCUUUACACAGGAUAUGAAGGUUUAUCACAGCCAAUGGCUCUGUCACCAAACUCAAGAAUAAUCCCUCCAUUGUCUAAAAUUGAAUCUGAUGCUUAGAUGAUUACACAAGAUCUCUAAAAUUUCAUAGAUAGAUUUGAGAAACUUAUCUUUGUCUCCUUUGGUACAGCCUAAAUCCCAAAACCAGAAUUUAUAAGGAUUCUCUCUAUAUACAUGUAGAAAUAAUCAAACUAUGGAUUUAUAUAUUCAGCUACAAAUUUGAAAUAUCUUGAAAAAGACAUCUUAGAUAGAGUAUAAAACUCGGGAAAUGUAUUUGUAGCUUCCUGGCUACCACAAAUUUAGAUUCUAAAUAAUCCAAAAGUUAAAAUAUUCUUUAGUCACGGUGGUUUGAAUGGUGUCAUAGAGUCAAUCGAAGCAUAAAAACCUUUAAUUAUAAUUCCAGCUAUAUCUACUGAUUAGUUUUAUUCUUGUGAGUACGUUUAGGCUUAAAAACUUGGAGCUUGUUUAUUCAAAUCUGAUGAAGAUCACUUAGAUGAGUAAGUAAAAUAUAUUGAGGAAAACAAUGGCUUCAGUGACAGACUUAAGAUUCUCAAGAAAAUGAUUGAUAAAAAGAAGUAGCAAGGAUUGGGAUUGCUUUACUGGGUUGACUAUUUGCUGGAAAUUGGAACGAGCGAGUUCAUUUCAGCAAAACAAUAUUAAUCGUUCAAUUAUCUUCAACUAUAUGAUGUGGAUGUGAACAUCGCUAUCGAUCUUAUACUAAUUGCAAUGAUAGCAAUUGUGAUUGCAAUUCUAGUUAAAAUCUAUAGACUUAUUACUUGCAAGAAAGGUAAAAAUGAGAGUAAAAGUACUAAGAUAGAUUGA